AUGCCAAAGCAUCAUUGGCGGAAAUCAUUUAAAUCCUUUUUGGGGAGUCAAUUUGACCCUGAAAGAGAAGAGGAGCUGAAAGGAAGCAAAGCAGAGGUUGAUGGCAAAGUGGAGGAGAUCUUAAAGGCUCUUAAUGAAGAAGAUUACCAAGGGAAAGGGCCAGUUGUUGAUCUGAUCAAGGAUUUCUACAAUCACUACCAAUCUCUUUAUGAUCGAUACGAUCAUCUGACAGGAGAAUUGCAGAAAAAAGUACAUGAUAAAAAAGGAAAGGAUAGCUCCUUGUCCUCCAGCUCGGAUUCUGAUUCAGAUGAUUCUCCAAGGAAAAAGGGCCCCAAGAACGGUAAAAUGAAAAAUGAUUCUGAGAAUAAUACAGUAAUCAAGGAAGAACUCGAAACUACAAUUCUGCAGGUUGCAGACUUGGAGAAGAAGCUGACAAUGACGACAGAAGAAAAGGAAGCAUUAAGUUUGGAAUAUCGAAGUGCUUUGAACAAAAUUCAAGAAGCGGAGAAAAUUAUAGUGGAUUUGAAUGGUGAAACUGAAAAAUUGAACGAAGAGAAAUCAAGACUUUUCACCCAAAAUGCUGAUCUCAAUAUGAAACUGGAGAGUGCUGGUCAAUUGAAACAAGAGAAAGAAGCACUACAGAGAGAACUAGAAGCAUCGAAAGGGGAAAUUUCUAACUUGAAGGAGCAACUUGAGUCAGCAGAGAAGGAAUUAACUGAGCUACAUCAGACUCAAAAGGCAACUGAAGAGGAGAAAAAUACUCUAUCCUCGAAAAUUUUGCAACUUGGGGAUGAGAUAAAGAAGGUGCAAAACGAAACUCAUUAUCUGGUGACCGAAUCAAGCCAGUUAAGGGAGAAACUGCAAGAGAGAGAAAGAGAGCUUUUGACUCACUUGGAGAUGCAUGAGACCCACAAAAAUGAAACAUCAGCUCGUGUGCGGGAUUUGGAGCUGGAACUUGACUCAUCGCAUACUCAGAGAAGAGAAAUAGUGAAACAGAAAGAUGAUGAGUUUUCUACUCUCAUGAAAAAACUUGAGGAUCAAGAGAGUGAUUCACUAUCUCGGAUUAAAGACAUGACGGACAAAAUCGCCGAUCUGAAUAUGAAACUUGAAAGUGCUGAUAAGCUUCUAGCUGAACUGAAUCAGAAAUUGGAAGGGAUGAAUAGAGAGAGGGAUGGAUUAAUCUUGGAGAAGGAGACAGCCAUCAGUAGCACUAAAGAGGAGAAGAGAAAUGGAGAAAACUUGAGAUCCAUUGCCGAUCAAUUGAAGCAAGAAAACGGAGCACUACAGCUAGAACUAGAAGCAUUGAAAGUGGAAUUUUUUACCUUAAAGGAGCAACUUGAAUCAGCAGAGAAGGAAGUAGCCGAGCUAUGUCAGACCCAAAAGGCAACUGAAGAGGAGAAAAAUACUUUAUCCUCGAAAAUUUUGCAACUUGGGGAUGAGAUAAAGAAGGUGCAAAACGAAACUCAAUAUCUGGUGACCGAAUCAAGCCAGUUAAGGGAGAAAUUGCAAGGGAGAGAAAGAGAGCUUUUGACUCACUCGGAGAUGCAUGAGACCCACAAAAAAGAAACAUCAGCUCGUGUGCGGGAUUUGGAACUGGAACUUGACUCAUUGCAUACUCAGAGAAGAGAAAUAGUGAAACAGAAAGAUGAUGAAUUUUCUACUCUCAUGAAAAAACUUGAGGAUCAAGAGAGUGAUUCACUAUCUCGGAUUAAAGACAUGACGGACAAAAAUGCUGAUCUGAAUAUGAAACUGGAAAGUGCUGAUAAGCUACUAGCUGAACUGAAUCAGAAACUGGAAGAGAUGAAUAGAGAAAGGGAUGGAUUAAUCUUGGAGAAGGAGACAGCCAUCAGUAGCACUGAAGAGGAGAAGAGAAAUGUGGAAAACUUGAGAUCCAUUGCCGAUCAAUUGAAGCAAGAGAAAGAAGCACUACAGCUAGAACUAGAAGCAUUGAAGGUGGAAUUUUCUACCUUAAAGGAACAACUUGAAUCAGCAGAGAAGGAAGUUGCCGAGCUAUGUCAGACCCAAAAGGGAACUGAAGACGAAAAAAAUUCUCUAACCUCAAAAAUUUUGCAACUCGAGGAUGAGAUUAAGAGGGCGCAAAACGAAAUUCAAGAUCUUGUGACCGAAUCAAGCCAGUUAAGGGAGAAACUGGAAGAGAAAGAAAGAGAGCUUUUGACUUACUUGGAGAUGCACGAGACUCACAAAAAUGAAACAUCAGCUCGUGUGCGGGAUUUGCAACUGGAACUUGAUUCAUCACAUACUCAGAGAAGAGAAAUAGAGAAACAGAAAGAUGAUGAAUUUUCUACUCUCCUGAAAAAACUUGAGGAUCAAGAGAGUGAUUCACUAUCUCGGAUUAAAGACAUGACGGACAAAAACGCUGAUCUGCAUAUGAAACUGGAAAGUGCUGAUAAGCUACUAGCUGAACUGAAUCAGAAACUGGAAGAGAUGAAUAGAGAGAGGGAUGGCUUAAUCUUGGAGAAGGAGACAGCCAUCAGUAGCACUGAAGAGGAGAAGAGAAAUGUGGAAAACUUGAGAUCCAUUGCCGAUCAAUUGAAGCAAGAGAAAGAAGCACUACAGCUGGAACUAGAAGCAUUGAAGGUGGAAUUUUCUACCUUAAAGGAGCAACUUGAAUUAGCAGAGAAGGAAGUAACCGAGCUAUGUCAGACCCAAAAGGCAACUGAAGACGAAAAAAAUGCUCUAACCUCAAAAAUUUUGCAACUGGAGGAUGAUAUUAAGAAGGCGCAAAACGAAAUUCAAGAUCUUGUGACCGAAUCAAGCCAGUUAAGGGAGAAACUGGAAGAGAAAGAAAGAGAGCUUCUGAUUCACUUGGAGAUCCAUGAGACUCACAAAAAUGAAACAUCAGCCCUUGUGCGGGAUUUGCAACUGGAACUUGAUUCAUCACAUACUCAGAGAAGAGAAAUAGAGAAACAGAAAGAUGAUGAAUUUUCUACUCUCCUGAAAAAACUUGAGGAUCAAGAGAGUGAUUCACUAUCUCGGAUUAAAGACAUGACGGACAAAAACGCUGAUCUGCAUAUGAAACUGGAAAGUGCUGAUAAGCUACUAGCUGAACUGAAUCAGAAACUGGAAGAGAUGAAUAGAGAGAGGGAUGGCUUAAUCUUGGAGAAGGAGACAGCCAUCAGUAGCACUGAAGAGGAGAAGAGAAAUGUGGAAAACUUGAGAUCCAUUGCCGAUCAAUUGAAGCAAGAGAAAGAAGCACUACAGCUAGAACUAGAAGCAUUGAAGGUGGAAUUUUCUACCUUAAAGGAACAACUUGAAUCAGCAGAGAAGGAAGUUGCCGAGCUAUGUCAGACCCAAAAGGGAACUGAAGACGAAAAAAAUUCUCUAACCUCAAAAAUUUUGCAACUCGAGGAUGAGAUUAAGAGGGCGCAAAACGAAAUUCAAGAUCUUGUGACCGAAUCAAGCCAGUUAAGGGAGAAACUGGAAGAGAAAGAAACAGAGCUUCUGACUCACUUGGAGAUGCACGAGACUCACAAAAAUGAAACAUCAGCUCGUGUGCGGGAUUUGCAACUGGAACUUGAUUCAUCACAUACUCAGAGAAGAGAAAUAGAGAAACAGAAAGAUGAUGAAUUUUCUACUCUCCUGAAAAAACUUGAGGAUCAAGAGAGUGAUUCACUAUCUCGGAUUAAAGACAUGACGGACAAAAACGCUGAUCUGCAUAUGAAACUGGAAAGUGCUGAUAAGCUACUAGCUGAACUGAAUCAGAAACUGGAAGAGAUGAAUAGAGAGAGGGAUGGCUUAAUCUUGGAGAAGGAGACAGCCAUCAGUAGCACUGAAGAGGAGAAGAGAAAUGUGGAAAACUUGAGAUCCAUUGCCGAUCAAUUGAAGCAAGAGAAAGAAGCACUACAGCUAGAACUAGAAGCAUUGAAGGUGGAAUUUUCUACCUUAAAGGAACAACUUGAAUCAGCAGAGAAGGAAGUUGCCGAGCUAUGUCAGACCCAAAAGGGAACUGAAGACGAAAAAAAUUCUCUAACCUCAAAAAUUUUGCAACUCGAGGAUGAGAUUAAGAGGGCGCAAAACGAAAUUCAAGAUCUUGUGACCGAAUCAAGCCAGUUAAGGGAGAAACUGGAAGAGAAAGAAACAGAGCUUCUGACUCACUUGGAGAUGCACGAGACUCACAAAAAUGAAACAUCAGCUCGUGUGCGGGAUUUGCAACUGGAACUUGAUUCAUCACAUACUCAGAGAAGAGAAAUAGAGAAACAGAAAGAUGAUGAAUUUUCUACUCUCCUGAAAAAACUUGAGGAUCAAGAGAGUGAUUCACUAUCUCGGAUUAAAGACAUGACGGACAAAAACGCUGAUCUGCAUAUGAAACUGGAAAGUGCUGAUAAGCUACUAGCUGAACUGAAUCAGAAACUGGAAGAGAUGAAUAGAGAGAGGGAUGGCUUAAUCUUGGAGAAGGAGACAGCCAUCAGUAGCACUGAAGAGGAGAAGAGAAAUGUGGAAAACUUGAGAUCCAUUGCCGAUCAAUUGAAGCAAGAGAAAGAAGCACUACAGCUAGAACUAGAAGCAUUGAAGGUGGAAUUUUCUACCUUAAAGGAACAACUUGAAUCAGCAGAGAAGGAAGUUGCCGAGCUAUGUCAGACCCAAAAGGGAACUGAAGACGAAAAAAAUUCUCUAACCUCAAAAAUUUUGCAACUCGAGGAUGAGAUUAAGAGGGCGCAAAACGAAAUUCAAGAUCUUGUGACCGAAUCAAGCCAGUUAAGGGAGAAACUGGAAGAGAAAGAAAGAGAGCUUCGGACUCACUUGGAGAUGCACGAGACUCACAAAAAUGAAACAUCAGCUCGUGUGCGGGAUUUGGAACUGGAACUUGAUUCAUCACAUAAUCAGAGAAGAGAAAUAGAGAAACAGAAAGAUGAUGAAUUUUCUACUCUCCUGAAAAAACUUGAGGAUCAAGAGAGUGAUUCACUAUCUCGGAUUAAAGACAUGACGGACAAAAACGCUGAUCUGAAUAUGAAACUGGAAAGUGCUGAUAAGCUACUAGCUGAACUGGAUCAGAAACUGGAAGAGAUGAAUAGAGAGAGGGAUGGCUUAAUCUUGGAGAAGGAGACAGCCAUCAGUAGCACUGAAGAGGAGAAGAGAAAUGCGGAAAACUUGAGAUCCAUUGCCGAUCAAUUGAAGCAAGAGAAAGAAGCACUACAGCUGGAACUAGAAGCAUUGAAGGUGGAAUUUUCUACCUUAAAGGAGCAACUUGAAUUAGCAGAGAAGGAAGUAGCCGAGCUAUGUCAGACCCAAAAGGCAACUGAAGACGAAAAAAAUGCUCUAACCUCAAAAAUUUUGCAACUGGAGGAUGAGAUUAAGAAGGUGCAAAACGAAAUUCAACAUCUUGUGACCGAAUCAAGCCAGUUAAGGGAGAAACUGCAAGAGAAAGAAAGAGAGCUUUUGACUCACUUGGAGAUGCAUGAGACCCACAAAAAUGAAACAUCAGCUCGUGUGCGGGAUUUGGAACUGGAACUUGACUCAUCGCAUACUCAGAGAAGAGAAAUAGUGAAACAGAAAGAUGAUGAGUUUUCUACUCUCAUGAAAAAACUUGAGGAUCAAGAGAGUGAUUCACUAUCUCGGAUUAAAGACAUGACGGACAAAAUCGCCGAUCUGAAUAUGAAACGUGAAAGUGCUGAUAAGCUACUAGCUGAACUGAAUCAGAAAUUGGAAGGGAUGAAUAGAGAGAGGGAUGGAUUAAUCUUGGAGAAGGAGACAGCCAUCAGUAGCACUGAAGAGGAGAAGAGAAAUGCGGAAAACUUGAGAUCCAUUGCCGAUCAAUUGAAGCAAGAGAAAGAAGCACUACAGCUAGAACUAGAAGCAUUGAAGGUGGAAUUUUCUACCUUAAAGGAACAACUUGAAUCAGCAGAGAAGGAAGUAGCCGAGCUAUGUCUGACCCAAAAGGCAACUGAAGAGGAAAAAAAUGCUCUAUCCUCAAAUAUUUUGCAACUGGAGGAUGAGAUAAAGAUGGUGCAAAACGAAAUUGAAGAUCUUGUGACCGAAUCAAGCCAGUUAAAGGAGAAAUUGGAUGAGAAAGAGAGCGUGCUUGUGGCUCAAUUGGAGAUGCAUGAGGCCGAAAAAAAUGAAACAUCAGCUCGUAUGCGGGAUUUGGAACUGGAACUCGAUUCAUCACAUGCCCAGAGAAGAGAAAUAGAGAAACAUAAAGAUGAUGAAUUUUCCACUCUCCUGAAAAAACUUGAGGAUCACGAGAGCGAUUCAUCAUCUCGGAUUAAUGACCUGACAGCACAGAUCAACAAUAUGCUACUUGAAGUGGAAGCUUUACGCAUCAAUAAAGGCGAGUUAGAAGAACAACUAGUAAAUAAAGACAAUAAGGCAUCAACUCAAGUCAAAGACUUGACAGAUCAGGUCAAUGCGAAGCAACAGGAACUGGAAUCUCUACUCAUCCAAAAGACUGAAACAGAAACACAACUGGAGAAAAAGAUUCAAGAAAUUUCUGACCUCCUAAUUCAGAUUGAGACUUUAAAAGAGGAGUUGGCUAACAAGAACUCAGAACAACAGAAGACAUUUGAAGAAAAAGAGAGUCUUGUAUUACAGGAAAAGGGUCUGGAAUUGAAGCUUAACUCUUUACGUGACAUAAAAAUUGAAUUGGAGGAGCAGCUUAGAUGCAAAAGCCAGGAUAUUUCAGAACUCCAAAUUCUGGUAGAGACUUUAAACGGGGAGUUUGGAAACAAAAUUGCAGAGCAGCAGAAACUACUGGAAGAGAGAGAUAAUUUUGUGUUGCGAAUAAAAGACUUGGAACUGGAGCUGAACUCUUUAAGCAACCUGAAAAAUGAAUUAGAAGAGCAGCUGAAAAGCAAAAACAAGGACUUUGUUCAGUUGCAACAAGAAACAGAAAGCCUGCAAGUUAAAACUUCAGAGAUGGAGAGGAAAUUAAAAGAGAAAGAGGAUGAACUCUCCACUGUACAUAAGCAAUCUGAAGAUAGAGAGAGUGAAGCGUCUGCUCAAAUCAUGGCUUUGACUGCGGAAAUAAGAAAUUUCCAAGAGCAAUUGGGUCUUUUGAGAGCACAGAAAAGUGAAGGAGAUUCCAUUCUUGAGAAAAGAAAUGGAGAAAUAUCAGAAUUUCUUAUUCUGAUAGAAAGGCUAAAAGAGGAAUUAUCAAGCAAAACUUUGGAUGGACAGAGAAUACAGGAAGAAAAGGAGGGCCUGGAAAGAAAUAUUUCUGAAUUGGAGAAAACGCUAAAAGAGAGAGUCGAUGAAGUCAUUUCUGUCGAGAAAAAAAUGGAGGAGGUACAGAAUGAAGCGUCCGCUGAAAUUGCAGAAUUAACAGAACAGGUUAACCAUUUGCAACAGCAGAUAGACGCACUGCUGUUGGAUAAAAGCCAGUUGGAGGAGCUAACAGAAAGAGGUAAACAAGAGUCUAUGGAAAAUUUGGCUCAAGCCGAGAAUCAGACAAAUGAAUUAGUAAAGAAGAUCGCAGACCAGGAUAGAGCGCUGAAAGAACAAGAAGGUGCAUUAAUCCAAUUAAGUGAAGAGCACAAAAAACUCGAGGGUCAGUUUCAAAUCUGUGAGGAAAAUCUCAAAUCUGCAGAGACGAAAAUAGAAGAGAUGACAGAACAGUUCCACGAGGAUAUCGAUACCAAAAAUCAGAAAGUUGACGAAUUGGAAGAAAACAUUGAAGAUCUGAAAAGAGAUCUGGAGAUGAAAGAAGAUGAACUUGCUACAUUGGUAGAGAAUGUACGAAAUACUGAAGUCAAGCUCCGGUUAACAAAUCAAAAGCUCCGAAUCACAGAACAGUUGCUGACUGAGAAGGAAGAGGAGCGGAGGAGCAAAAUAGAGAAGUUGCUGCAAGAACAAAGCGUGCUUGAGGAGAGAAUUGUGUCAUUGUCUGGAACACUUGCUAGUUACAAAGAGGCUCAAAUGAAAAUCGUAACGGAUGUAUCGGAGAGAGUAAAUGAAACUUUGACGGGAUUUGAUACAUUUAGCGUUAAGUUUGAGGAAGAUUACGGUCACUUAGAGUCUAGAAUUUAUGAAAUCGUGAAUGAGCUUAAGGUUGCAGCUAACUGGAUAAAAGAGAGCAAGGCUGAGAAAGACGAGCUAAAGAAGGAAAUCGCCAACUUAGUUCAGCAACUGAAAAAUGAGAAAGAACUACAUUUGCUUUUGAGAGAGAAGGUUGGAGAACUUGAGACAACAUUGCAGGCGGCCAAAGAUGAGAAGGAAAAUUUGAAGAAAAAGGUAACAGAACAAGAAGAAAAGUUGGGAGAGCUGGAGAAAAUGGUACAAGAAAGGGAUGAAAAGAUGAAUGAGAAAGAUCAGGGAUUCUUGAGCCUAAGUGAGGAGAAAAAGAUGGCAAUAAGACAACUCUGUAUUUGGAUUGAUUAUCACCGCAAUCGCUAUGAUGAUCUGAAAGAAAUGAUCACAAAGUCGACUGGUGGAAGAAGGCAGAUAGCAACAUAA